AUCCGCGUUUACAGUAAAACACCACACUUCCUGUUUCGGAUUAAAGAAAAUAUCGCUAUUAAUGGUAUAUUCAAUCUGAUAUGACGAAUGAAUUGCAGUGAUUUACCAUACCGUUUAUGAGAGAGAACACACGGCCUGACCAUGCCUGUGUCCCUGCUGUGGGCAGUGGAUGUGUACGGGCGUGUUUACAGCCUGUCCACUGGAGGGCAGCAGUGGGAGCAGUGUCAUGAUGCCUUGUUAGAGUUUAAGAGGGUGACAGCCGUACAGCAGUGUUGCUGGGGUAUCGCCUGUGACCACCACAUCUACCUGAAUGUCCACUCUAGUGAUGUACCCAUACGUUACCAGGAGGAGACAUACGAGAACCAGAGAUGGAAUCCCAAGGAUAACUUCUCGGAUCACUUGUUGCCGAGCGACCGCUGGCAUUGGAGUGACAUCACAGGGCUGGAACACCAACCCCUGGACAGUUUCCUUCUUCCCUCGACCAACUGGGAGUGGGAGGGGGACUGGUACAUCGACGAGAACUUUGGAGGAGAACCCACAGAGAAAGGAGGUUGGACCUAUGCCAUGGACUUCCCUGCCACUUACAUCAAAGACAAGAAGUGGAACUCGUGUGUCCGUCGCAGGCGAUGGAUCCGCUACAGGAGGUACAAGGCCACGGACACCUGGGCCAAGAUCCCAUCCGAGGGUCACAGUGGUCCCCUGCCAGACCCCUUUAAUGACAUCAGCUGUGGAGGCUGGGAGAUCAGUGAGGAGCCCAGGGGGAGGCUGUCUCUGUGGGCUGUCUCUCUACAGGGCAAGGUGUGGUUUCGUGAGGGUAUCCAUCACCACAGCCCAGAGGGGGAUGGCUGGGAGGAGGUGUCUCUGCCUGGGGAGGUGGUGCAGAUCAGCUGUGGGCCAGGGGACCUGGUUUGGGCUGUGCUCUGGGAGGGACAACUCAUUGUCAGGGAGGGCAUCACCAGAGACUGCCCACAAGGCUCGUCCUGGGUGGUGGUGGACUCUCCCAACCCAGAGGCCGGGGCCAUCCACGUAGCUGUGGGGGACAACGUAGUCUGGGCCGUCACCAAGGACAACAAAGUAUGGUUCAGGCGUGGCAUCAACUCCCAUAACCCAUGUGGUUCAGGCUGGAUCGGGAUGGUCGGGGAGAUGGUCAUGGUCAACGUGGGCCUCAACGACCAGGUGUGGGGUAUUAGCUGUGUGGACCGGGCAGUGUAUUUCCGUCAGGGUGUGACCUCCAGUGAGUUGAGUGGUAAAGCCUGGAAGGCUGUCAACGUGCCCCGAGACGGAGACAUCAGGUCCCACUCCUCCGCCAGCAUUAGCAGUCUGCACAGUGCUGGUUGUUUCUUCAGUGGUGAGGUCCAAGCCCAGUCUGUGAUGAGUGAAGACUCGGACACAGAGGGCGGUCCACAGAGGGCGGUCCUAGAAGUAGGGUCAUGCCCCUCCUCUCCUCCCCCUGAGCCCCCUCCCAUCGACCCCGACGUCCCCAAACCACGCAUCCCUAAGGUCACCAGCGACAGCUUCAUCUCUGAGAUGCUCUCCGACCGUGAGGUCAAACAGGAGGGGGCCACCGCUGCCACCACUGCCAGUCCCUCUAUCCCAGAAGAGGAAGUCGCUCUUGGGGAACCGGAGGCCAAGUGUCCCCCUCCGGCCCUGCUUCUCUCCCCCAGCCUGUCUGGAGGGCUUGGGGACCCCCAGUGGAGUAACGUGGACCUGGAAGAGACCCAGACUCACCUGGCUGUGGGGCCUGCCGUGGUGAGAGGGGACUCGGCUGACACCUGUAGUCUGUCCUCGGUGGCCACCUACACCCUGUGUCAGGGGGAGCCGUAUGGGGCAGAUGAACACCCGCUCUGGGCAUGGGUCAGUGGAGGAGGCUGUGGUGUGAACUGUCACUCCCAGCUCAACUGGUUCAACUCUGCCACAGCCCUGGCAUCAUCAGUCCAGUCCAUGAGUCUGUCCAUCAGUCCAGCCCAGACAGCUGCCUGGCGGAAACAGAUCUAUGAGCAGCUCAGCGAACGCUCCAAGAGAGAGAUGGACCACUUUAAACACUACGAACAGGCCGUAGAACAGUCUGUGUGGGUGAAGAAAGGGACCAUGCAGUGGUGGAGGGACUGGAAGCCCCAUAAGUGGGUGGAUGUGAGGUUUGCCCUGGAGCAGUUCUCAGGGCCUGAGGGAAACCAGGACGGCAUCCUCUUCCUCUACUACAACUUCAAUGAGGAGAAGAAGUAUCUGCAUGCGUUCAUCAACGAGGUGACUAUCUUGGUGCCGGUGCUGAAUGACUCCAAACACACGUUUGCCYUCUACACAGCAGAGAGGACCAAACAGAGGUGGCCUAUCAGACUGGCUGCUGCCACUGAGGUGGAGAUGCAUGACUGGCUGGCCCUGCUGAGUGUGUCGUGCUGUGACGCCCGGGGGAUCCAGGGUCCCCCUUCUAAACAAGCCAUCUGGUCAGUCACCUGUAAAGGAGACAUCUUUGUCUGUGAGCCUUCGCCUAGCCUGGAAGCCUGUCCCUACCCCACACCAUGUGACCAGAUGUUCUGGCAUCAGGUGGGGGGCCACCUACGUCUGGUGGAGUGUAACAGUCUGGGGGUGGUGUGGGGGGUAGGCUACGACCACACUGCCUGGGUCUACACCGGCGGCUAUGGAGGGGGAUUCUUGCAGGGUCUGGCCAGCAGCACAGAUAACAUCUACACCCAGACAGAUGUGAAGUGUGUCUACAUCUAUGAGAACCAGAGGUGGAACCCAGUCACAGGUUACACCAACAGAGGCCUCCCAACAGACCGUUACAUGUGGAGUGAUGCAACAGGACUGCAGGAGUGUACCAAGGCCAACACCAAGCCUCCAUCCCCUCACUGGACAUGGGUAGCAGACUGGACCAUUGACUAUGGGAUCUCCGGGGGGACAGACCGAGAGGGUUGGCAAUACGCAGCUGAUUUCCCAACGUCGUAUCAUGGCCACAAGACCUUGAAGGACUUUGUUCGUCGUAGACGAUGGGCCAGGAAGUGUAAACUGACGACCACAGGGCCGUGGCAGGAAGUCCCGCCCAUCUUGUUGAGUGACGUGACCAUCGUCCUGUGUGGAGCUCAGAGCAGUGUUGAGCCGAUCCCUCUGUGGGCCAUCAGUAACAAGGGAGACGUGCUCUGUAGACUGGGGGUCACCAUACUGACUCCUGCCGGGACGUCGUGGCUUCACGUGGGCACAGACCAGCCUUUUAAGUCUAUCUCCAUCGGGGGGGCCAACCAGGUGUGGGCCAUUGCCAGGGAUGGAUCUGCCUUCUACAGGGGCUCUGUGUCCUCAGAGAGCCCUGCAGGAGAUUGCUGGUACCACAUCCCCUGUCCUGGGAGACAGAAGCUCCAACAGGUGUCUGUAGGGAGAACGUCGGUCUACACUGUGGAUCAAAAUGGUAACCUGUGGUUCAGACAGGGCCUGACUCCCAGCUACCCUCAGGGAUCAUCAUGGGAACACAUCUGCAACAAUGUACGCAAGGUCUCCGUAGGACCUCUAGACCAGGUGUGGAUCAUAGCUGACAAGGUGCAAGGCAGCCACAGUCUGAGCUGUGGGACAGUCUGCCACCGUCUGGGGGUUCAGCCCAUGGACCCAAAGGGACAGUCGUGGGACUACGGCAUCGGGGGUGGCUGGGACCACAUCACCGUGAGAGGGAACUCCAUUGAGGCUCCUCGUGUCCGUAUUCCCUCCCUGACGCCCUCCCUCACCGCCUCCCUAACGGACCCCCUCCGCCCCCCUCCACCCCGCAGCCUGCUCCCUGUCAUGAUCACGGAGAUGGAGAACGGGAACGCUGUCCGGUGUUAAACACACACACCUACAGUACUUGCUAGUGGACACUAUCUCUGUUCUGUCUUCAGCCCAACUCUCUCUUCAGAUA